AAGCUAACAAGCUAGCUACAUAAACUUGGAUUUGUUACUUAUUCAAUUUAAGCAAAACCUUUAAUGGCAAAACUUGUCAAAGUGAAGUAACGCUAGCUAGCGAAACGAAACUCAUCCAAGUCCAAUUAGGAACAGGUGUAGUGGUGGUGCGGAAAGGGCGCGUUGAGCAGCAAACGCGAGACUACUUCCACGGCGUAAAAGUGCUUUGGCCAACAAGAGGAUGAGACGAAAACCGGCGCUUGUUCGCCCGACAAAGACUUCAAAUGUUUCCCUCCAUCAACGCUUCUCUCAGGUGAUGAUCGAGCAAAUGACGCGGCCCAGCAUGAUGGCCUUUCCCCAGCCGCAGCUCCUAUUUGUGGCGUCCCCCAUUCCGUUCGUCCCCCAGAUGGGGGUGCCGUGCCCGGCGCCGUCCCCUGCGGUUCGGACCUUCGGGCGAGCCAACGUGUGGUCCCGUUUGGGGCGGGAGCGGUCAGGCUACUGGAAUUUUAGGACCAAGUAUGGCUGGAGAGCCCGCUGCCGCACCAUCCGUUUACGCCGCGCUGCCCUUUUCCGUCGCACCGCCCGCCUCAGGAGAGCAGGAGGAAGCGCCGCGCGCCGUCCCGACACUUCGGGAGAGCUCCCGGAUGCCCGGCCGGAAGCGGGGAGGCGCCCGUGGUUGCGGAGGCAGGACGUGCCCACCAAACGCCAGCUGGACAUGCAGCUGGACCGCUACAUGUCCAGAUCUAAGAGCCGCCUGGACGCCCAGCUGGACGACUACAUGGCCAGGUCCAAGAAGCGACUGGACGCCGACCUGGACGAGUACAUGUCGCGAGCCGGGUGCUCGUCGCCGUGACGGGACCGAGCAGCUAAAAGUUUUUUUUCCCCCGUUCCCAUUGCAUUUCACGUUUGCGCAGCAUUUGGCGCCCUCUACUUUGUUCACGUGCAGUUAGCCGUGGCCUUAAGAUCAGCAUCGUUAGCUCGCCCGUUUUUGUCGGCGGAGAAAAAAGUAUAUGGAGCUAAAUCCCGGCCAAAAUGAUUAUCACCUGAAAACAAAAGUUGAAUGUUUGUUCUUGAAUAUAUUAAGACAACUUUUUUUUUCUCAAAAUAUUUUAUUUAUUGAGAUGACAAUCAUUUUGCCCGUGAUUUAGCUCCAUCCGCAAAAGUUAAAGGUGUGAUGCGGCGUUCCGGGAUGUUUCUCUUCAGAUCCUCACACCAGAUGAACGGUCACCAACGCCAGCGCGAGCCCGAUACUCUGCCCCGCCUCGGAAACCUGAUUGGGUCAAAGGUCAAACGGCGGUCUGAGUUUCGAGCUUUCCGGGUCCUUUCUGACCUCGGCUCACCUUGUCCAUUUGGAUCGCCGGCGUAAACGCGCCCUCGUCUGCGAAUGCAAAAAACAGGCGAUGACUGUUGUGUCUUUUGUUGCUAAAACAAUUUGAACAAGUAAUAAAAAGGGAUUGUGUUAGUUUUAUGUGUCCUUACAGUAUUCUGAAUAGUCAAAAGUGGAAUU